AUGGAUCAGGCACUUGUUCUGUACUGUGAUAAUAGUUGGGUAGUAGCUAAUUCAAAAGAACCCAAAAUUCACAAGAGGGGAGAGCACAUCGAGAGGAAAUAUCACUUGAUCCGAGAGAUGGUCAACCAAGGAGAUGUUGUUGUCCUGAAGAUUGCCUCUGAAGAUAAUCUUGCAGAUCCAUUAACAAAGACUUUAUCAAUUAAAUCUUUUCAGGUUCAUUCUGCCCUGUCUCAUCACCGCAGUAUAGCCCAAGCUAGGGCUAGAAAUGAUGAACUCCAAGCUGAGCUCAAUACCACCAAGACCGCCCUGACCGUUGCUCAAGAAGGCGAGCAAGCUGCCAAAGCUGCCUUUGCAACUUCUCAAAAGAGUGAGUAUGAUGCCAAGUUCACCUUUGCAUCGUCUCAUGAAAGCGAGCAUGCUGCAAAGAUUUCCUUGGCUACUCUCUAG